AUGGUGCGAACAGAGACUCUUCUCAGCGAGUACAUCAAUUUUAGCGACCAGAAUGCUGGAUUGAGCGAUGCAGAGCUCACCAACAAAGAGCUCAUGUUCUACGGUGCUGCAGCAGUCAGUCAUCUCUGCAACGAACAAGAGCAAGGUAUCAACAUCGAUGAGAAUCUUCAUCAGAGUGAUCGAUUCCGAUUCAUCCGAGAACUAGACAUUAUCUCGUCGGUCUACUCAAUUGCGCCGAUUAGCAAGAAAGCGGGGAUCAAGUCAACACCGCCGGUCAUUGCCUGGUCGAAUCGCCUUCAGACCGUCUUUCUAGGGUUCUGUUGUACACGUAACAUGAACGAUGUCCAUUCUGAUUUAGACGUGCGCUUGACAGCGUCAGAUGACAUAGGAUCGCGAUUCCAUAAGGGCUUCUGUGACAGAAGUGAGGAGUUUGUGCCGCUUGUUGAAUGGCUUAUGAAGAGGCACAAGUUGGUUGUUUGCGGCCACAGCUUCGGAGGCGCCCUGGCGACUAUCUCGUCCUACCUGGCCAUGGUUGGCCACGAUCCUCUUCCGAACGCCUGGGAACAAAGGCAGGGCGGUGUAUCCAUAAUCACAUUUGGAGCACCUUCGUGCAUGGUCGCUGAACCACUAGGAACCACGGUUUCCUUUCAAAUGAACCUGAGCGGCAAUUUCCACCACGUUAUCAACCCUCACGACUACGUUCCCUUUGCACUCAACGAUAGCUCGAGGAAGUUUAAGCAGACCUUUGAUGCUCUAAGAACACCGCUGGGGAACCUGUCACCCACGAUCCAGAUGCUAUGGCCUAUCCUUGAGUAUCUCUUAGAUCUUUUGUUGCAGCACACGGGCAAGUUCUGCCACUUUGGGUGCAUGUACUCUAUCGCGGCUGAAAUAUCAGGGAUCCAGAAUUGUGUCCAAACUUUGCGACUCGACGACAUUCCUCAGAUACCUAGCGCGGGUCAGGUUGACCGAUAUCACAAGAUGUCACACUACUUCCAUUGUGUCAAGAGCUCUGUUGGUUCCAGAUUUAUUCAACAGGCCUCAAAAGAACUGCAUCAUGCAGUCUCCGAUGUUUCAUCGAUGAUACUUCCAAUGCCUGGAACGGUAACAAGUUGCUCCUGCGUGGUUCACAGCGAUCACAUGAUUGUAUCAUUGGAUAUCAAUACGCCUGUGAUGCAAUAUCUCUUGAAAGGAGCAACGUUUAGUAGCGAUACCCGAGAAAUUCCUCUCGCGAUUCUUGGGUUUCCUGCCAAGUCUGACCGCUAUCAGAACUCUGUCAAACUUGAGUAUAGGAUCAAGGACGAUGACCCCUUUGAGGACAUUGGAAAAGCUUCAAUCGCCAUUCAGGAAGGCAUCACCCUUCAUGAUAUUUUCGGGCGAUCUACAGACAUCGAUGUUGAUACCUUGCGAUCGAUGAGUCUGGACAGAGCUAGCUUACCAGCGACCUUCGAAAGUAUCAGACUGGCAAUGAUACGUGCGCUCGUUGCUCAGAUGUCAAAGGUCCAGGCCCUCAGAACUGAUAAUACCUCUCGCGAUGCCCAUCCUCGAGAAGAGGUCAUGUCGAUUGUCGACAACAUCAAACCUGUUGUGGGAUGCAUCGACGGUCUUGUUAGCGAUGCUAGCCCCCAUCUUGUUUUCAGUCGCCUUGGCCAUGCUUUUACCAUCCUGAAGGCGCUUUGGCCAAAGGACUUUGAGAUUGGAUCCGAUUUCCAUGCUUCUGUGCCUGGCGCGUAUGGAGAUGGAGACUCUGAUACUGGCCUUCUUCAUGAUAUCCCUGCCGCCUGCCCUAAAGUUCUUAGGAGGCUCAUUACGGAUAUGGUCAUCAGCCAGAACGCCCCAAGUAUCACCCGAGCUCAGCUUCUUGUCCAAAAUUGGGAAGCUGCCAAAAGACCCACGUUGACAAAACAAUUCAACAAAGUACCGACAUUUGCUGGAGCUCUCAAGACGUUCAGCCAUGAUCUAUAUCAUCGUUCGACAGACCCUACAAGGCGCACAGAGCAAGCAGUGUCCCAGUUUCAAGGCGUCAUGGGUGUCAUUCAAUUUUGUCAUCUUGUCAUCAUCACUCAACUUGACGCGCCAUAUGAAUGGUACUGCAAGUCCACCGAGGGCCACCGGAUCACCUCAGCUGCUUUGGGUGCUUUGCCGUCUUAUUUUUCUGGAGCUUCGUUAUUCUCUAGAGUCCUAGCUCUGGGCCUUGGGGCGACUUCCGCUGCUGGACUGGGCGUCACUGGUGGGAUAGCUGUGUUAUUCACAAGCACCACUAUCAUCAAUCAUCUCCUUAACAGGCACAAAACAUAUCUAGAUCUGUCGUUUCCUGGUGUCCUAGCCAUUACUCUGCUGGCACUUGGCCUACCCAUCGCUGAGUCCGAUGACAUAGUGGAGAAGACCCUCCUCGAUCGCGUGAAGCAGGAUAUUGCGAGCUCUCAUUCGGUGGAAACGAUAGAUAAAUGGAGAGGCAAACUCGAAGAGGGCUUGAAAGAGUAUCCCGGGGUCAAGGCCAACCAGUGGUGUAUUACACCUACCUUCUUCUGGCCUAGGUGGCUUUUCAGUGUUGCUCAAGUCGCCCAGCUCCGAAUCCAGCUUUCGGACAAGAUCUGCAUCGGAGUGCAGGGCUCCACAGAAGCUGGUAAGAGUCAAAUGCUUACUGUUCUCACCGGUGCAUCUGAGAACUACUUCAAGCCUGGCUCCAGUAGUCUCUGCAGAACUUUAGGCAUUCAGUCUUACGACUCCAGUAGCCUCGGGGCCAUUUUCCUCGAUAGUCCCGGUUUCGACGACCAGAAGCCAGAGAUCAAGUACAUGGCCGAUGUAUUCCAGGAGCUGUUUGCCAUCGUGAUCAUUGUGAUCCCGAUGGAACGAACACGAUCUGAGGCAACCGAAAGUGCCUUGCACAUAGCUAUCAAACUGCUCCGCGACCAAGAAGAUAAGCGCCCGCUGCGGAUCCUGCUAAGCCAGGCAGAUGGUCUAGACCAUCAUCGCAACAACAAACAGAAGUUUAGGGACACACUACGUGAUGUCAAGGAGCAGUUUAUGUCUAGAUUUAGACAAGAGCUUGGCGAGAACUUCACUACCUUCAGACAGCAGCCUUUCCAUGAUGGAAUCGUCUGCAAAUCGGAGAGGCUGGAGGAUAUUGUCAAGCCGUUUUCAACGCAUGCUCAAAUGACUUUAGAUGGCAUUAGUGCGUUGGCAGAUUGUCCUUCCAGAACGCCAUGUAAAAUCGAAAGGGAGAGCCACUUCGAAAAUUUGUGCGAAUUGGCUGAUGCGGGAGAGAUAUGGGACAUUGAGUCGCUACGCUCCUGGCUUCGAGAUCUUUCACCCAACAGCGUGCCGAUGUCGAGUGGCCGCGUGCGGGUAUACUGUGAUUAA